AUGACCAUGAGCUCCGUAGCCGAGAGCUUACUGGGGUCCGACCCCUCCAAAGCCGCUUUCCUGGAGCUCGGCCACCCAUCGCCGCCGCACUACCCGCUGCACGGCCUCCACCCCGCCAGCCACCCCCAGCACGACCCAGCGCCCUUCGCCUCCUACGGCCGGCCCGGGCCUUAUCCCUACCCCGGCGGUGCCCCCCCGCUGCCCCACGGCGGGCCCUACCUGCCCUACCCGCCCCCCGGCUCCCAGCACCCCCCGGCCCCGCUGGCCCACGGCGCCAGGCUGCAGGACGCAGAGCACGAGAAGCCCCUGGCCAUGGCCAACGGGGAGCUGCGCAUCAGCAGCAAGGGCAAGAAGCUGCGCAAGCCGCGCACCAUCUACUCCAGCCUGCAGCUCCAAGCCCUCAACCAGCGCUUCCAACAGACCCAGUACCUGGCUCUGCCAGAGCGCGCCGAGCUGGCAGCUCAGCUGGGGCUCACCCAGACCCAGGUCAAGAUCUGGUUCCAGAACAAGCGCUCCAAGUACAAGAAGAUCAUGAAGCAGGGCUCGAGCGCUCCCGAUGGGGAGCACCUCCAUAAUGCUGCCUCCCUCUCCCCCUGCUCCCCCAACAUCCCCCCACUCUGGGACAUGCCCGUGCCGGGAAAAGGGCCCCCCCUGGCCUCCAGCAGCUACAUCAACAGCUUUGGAGCCUGGUACCAGCCUCACCCGCAGGACAUCAUCCCCCGGGCCCCCAUGAUGUGAUGCUGCCGUGGCUCCAGUACUUGCUGGCUCUGGGAGGACCAGUGAGG